AUGGCAGCUCGGCCUGCGUGGUCUAUUAUAGAGCCCGGCUUACGCCAUCCGCCUCCCCCUGGCCCGACACGCACUCCCGUUCCCAUCCCCUCCCCCUCUCUUUCCCCGUCCCACGCUCCACACACACACCCGUCAUCCAGCGGCCCCCAUCACUACACCCCCCUCGCCGCGGUCACGUGGCCCUCCCUCGACGCCGUCCCAUCGAGAUCGUUCCGUCCCGCCGAGCACUGCUCCUGCACCGCACCCGCCACCGCCCCGUUCCCGACGAUCACCCUCGGCAGCCCUCGGCCCGGCCCCAGCGCUCUAUGGCCACCUUUCGGCCUCCCCCUCCCGCUGCCCGCCUCGCCCGCCGCGUCGUCCACCCCGUCGCACGCUAAACUCAGCUCGUCUCACACUACUGCACGCCAUGCAAAAACAUUCCGAGACACACGUCCCGCGCGUCACCCACGCUUUCCACCCACCCACCCACCUGUCACCGGCUCGCCCUCCCCCGUACGUCUAUCUGUCUUCUCAGAAAGGAAGGUCCCGGCUGCGAACGACAUUGGCAUCGAAUUCGAAGCGCGCGCACAGGACACGACUCGACGCGACAGGAAACCCUCGCCCCGCCCUUCCUCCUCCCGCAGUGCCGCACCCGCCCUCUCCCCUCCCUUCCUUCCUGCCCCCACACCCCCACCCCGGAAUCUAAAUCGACAUUCAGCGCUCGACCCUCACGUUCAAAACAGCCACAGAACGCCCGACCCCGCCCAGCAAAGUACCCCCACCCCCCAAAGCACGUCGACGACCAUGGCAACCCGCACGCCUCGCCACAAGCGCCGCGGCCCGACCCAACCCGACGCCCGACCCGACCCAAACCGCACCCAGCUCCGCAUCCGCGUCCCUCGUCCGCGCGCUCCACCCCCCAACCGCAGCCGCGGCCCCCAAUCCAACAGGCCGCAACCUCUACCGUACUUACAGUAUACUAUACCGCUGCCGCACCGCACCGCACCGCACCAUAGCCGCAUAUAG